AUGGCAGAGUUCAUUGAAAAAACUGCUGAAACAAACCCAUCGACGCAAAAGAUUCAAACAGUAAAACGAACAUCCAACAAUUCAGUAUUCGUAGAUGCUCGCGUACAGAACAGAUUGACUGAUGCUAGACAGAGAAAAGGAUUUGUCGUUCGUGUAAGAACACCUGGCGACGGCGAAUGCGAUAAGAGAAAAACACAAUCAGAAUCGUUUGCUCGAGAAGACGAAAUGAGAACAAAUAAUAAAAUGUACACCGAGGCCAAUGAAACCAGAUUAAAUGGAAACGAUGGAAUCGCUAAGGUAUUUUCGACCAGCAGGCACUACAGUCAAUUAAUCAAAAAAGGUAAACCUAAUGUUUACUUGCUUAACGCCGAGAAAACGUCAGUAGGUGGGGAUUUCCGUUGUUUCGACAUCGGUCACGCAGAAGGUACACCGUUGUCGUUUGGUAUGCGAAAUCACAAAGUAAUCAUUUUGAUGGGCGCCACUGGAUGCGGCAAGAGCACGCUCAUCAAUGGAAUGGUCAACUACAUCCUCGGCGUCAAAUGGAACGAUCCUUUCCGCUUCAAAUGUGUCCGUGAAACGACCGCCAGGAAUCAAGCGCACAGUCAAACGAGUAGAGUAACGGCCUACACUCUUCGCCACCAUGACGGGAUGGCCGUUCCUUAUUCGAUCACGAUCAUCGACACGCCCGGCUAUGGGCACAUCACCGAAAACAAAAAAGACAAAAAAACUACAAGGAAAAUUCACGAGUUUCUGACUCAACAGGAGACUCGUGUCGACGAAAUUCACGCGGUAUGUUUUGUGGCCGCUUCGGGUGACAAUAGAUUAACGACUACCCAGUGCUACAUUGAUUCCGUGCUGUCCAUAUUCGGUAAAGACGUCAAGGAGAACAUUCGCCUGUUGGUGACAUUCGCAGACAAUGCUCAUCCUCCCGUGGUUGAGGCCUGCCUGGCUGCCAACUUUCCCGUGACAUUCGCGUCGGCCGGAAUCACGUUCAGCAAAUUUAACUGUUCCGUCCUUUACGCAAACAACGAUCAACAAGGAGAAGACGGCCCUUGUUUCGACGAAUUAUUCUGGGAUAUGGGACAAGAGAAUUUCCACAAAUUUUUCACAAUGCUGGACGGAAUGAACGGCAAGGACUUGAAAUCAACUCGCAACGUCAUUCAGAGUCGCGGACUGUUGGAACAAUCGUUGAAAAACAUCGAACAAGAGUUGGAAGUCUGUUUUGCCAAAAUCGAAACUAUGGAAAUUCUUCAAAGGAAAAUGAGGGAAUACGGAGUAAAAAUGGAAUCUGAAACAAAUUUCACAUUUGAGAAGACUGAAAUACGCCCAACUAAGUUUCUUUGUGGAAAGGGAUUCUUUGCCUACAAUGUCGUCGUUGCAGUGACACUUGCGAAAAGCCAGUAA